AUGCCGCGCCGGGCCGAGCGGUGCCUGCAGAUCGCCCCGCACUCUCUCGCCAUCGUCCUGGGCGCCGAGGCCGGGGGGCGGCCGGCGGGCCCGGGGGGAGCGGCGGAGCUGGGCCGGCACCGCAUCGGCUACGAGAUCUUCGCGGACUUCAAGCGGGAGAACAUGCAGCACUUCUGGGACCAGCGGGCCACGGCAGCGGUGGCCGAGACCUUCUUCCUGGGCUGGAUCGACGAGCAGGUGCUGCUGGUGCAGGGCAAGGAGGAGCACCUGGAGGUGCUGCGGCAGGGCUGGGCUCGCCGCUCCCUCAAACCCCCCAGCGGCUUCCACAUCAAGUGCCUAGGUGAUGUAUCACCAAUCAGCAUGUCUCCCAUCAGUCAGUCACAGUUUAUUCCACUUGGAGAAAUCCUUUGCCUGGCCAUCUCAGCAAUGAACUCUGCCCGAAAACAAGUCACACAAGAAGCACUAAUGGAGCACCUAACAACCUGCUUCCCAGGGGUUCCAACACCCAGUCCAGAAAUCCUUCGACAUACGUUGAAUAUGCUUGUACGGGAGAGGAAAAUAUACCCAACUCCAGAUGGUUAUUUCAUUGUAACCCCGCAGACUUACUUUAUAACGCCAUCUCUCAUAAGAACUAACAGUAAAUGGUACCAUUUGGAUGAGAGGAUACCUGACAGGUCUCAAUGUACCUCUCCACAACAAGGGACUAUCACUCCCUCCACCUCGGGAUGCGUCAGGGAUCGAACACUACCCAAAAACCACUGCGACUCCUGCCAUUGUUGCAGAGAAGACAUGCACAGCAUGCAUGCAUCUACCCUACAGAGGAAGUCAGCCAAGGACUGUAAAGACUCGUAUUGUCCUCCUUCAUUAUGCCAGGUCCCACCCACUGAGAAAAGUAAAAGUACUGUCAAUUUUUCUUAUAAGGCAGAGACGCUCACAAAGCCUAAGGAUGUAGAAAAACAGUCUAAGAAAUUCGGACUCAAAUUAUUCCGAUUAAGUUUUAAGAAGGACAAGACAAAACAGUUGGCAAAUUUUUCUGCCCAGUUUCCUCCAGAGGAGUGGCCACUGAGAGACGAGGACACCCCUACCACUAUACCUAGAGAGGUAGAGAUGGAGAUUAUCAGGCGCAUUAACCCAGAUUUGACUGUGGAAAAUGUCAUGAGGCACACUGCACUAAUGAAGAAACUUGAAGAAGAAAAAGCUCAACGAAGCAAAGCGGGAUCUUCAGCUCACCACAGUGGACGAAGUAAAAAAAGUAGGAAUCACAGAAAGUCUCAUGGGAAAUCGAGGUCCCACAGCAAGACUCGGGUAUCCAAAGGAGAUCCAUCAGAUGGCUCUCAUUUGGAUAUACCUGCAGAAAGAGAGUAUGAGUUCUAUGAUCCCUUGACUCGAUCCCCACGGGAAGGCUGUUUCAUAAUAGAACACAAGGGAGAUAAUUUUAUAAUGCACAGCAACCCUAGCAUGAUUGAAUCUCACUUUCCCAUGACACCAGAAUGGGAUGUGUCUGGUGAGCUGGCCAAAAGAAGAACUGAAAUGCCUUUUCCUGAACCUUCCAGGGGAAGCUCCCACUCUAAGGUCCAUCGGAGCCACAGCCAUACACAGGAUAGACGAUCGAGGAAUGAGCGGUCUAGUAAGGCUAAAGAAAGGUCUAGAUCCAUGGAUAACUCCAAGGGACCUCUGGGCUCAGCUACUUUAGGCACUCCUGAAGACAUGGGUGAAGGCUGUAGCCCAGAUGACCAAACAACUAGCCAAACUUACAUUGAUGAUAGUACUUUAAGGCCAUCUCAGUCGCUCAGUCAUCAAAGGGCUCUGAUUUCAUCUGCAGGCUACAAAGAGACUUGCAUCCCUGAAAUAGCUAGCGGCAGUGUAGAAACCCCCAGUUCCUGUAGUCUGUUGGAACAAAAGCCUACGGAGAAUUUGCCAUCGUAUAGUGAGCUCAACUCCUGCACAACAAAAUCUGCAGUCGAUGACUAUUUCCAGUGCAACACAUCCAGUGAGACUGUGCUUACUGCUCCGUCACCACUGGGAAAGAACAAAGAGGAUCAUGACACGCUGACAGGGACAGAUGGGCUCAAAAAAAUGACUCCCUCAGAAAGACAGUCUCAGCAUGUUCCCAGGGAGCCUGGGGUGCACAAAGAGGAGUCCCCAAAAGGCCCAAGCAGUGGUUCAGCAGUUGUAGGCCAGACUCCAGAGGUGAUUGCAAACGGACGGCUGGUUCAACACCACAGUGCUGAAUCAAGCAGCCUUGAUAAAAGGAAAGAAAUAUUUAGCAAGGAUACACUCUUCAAACCUCUGCACAACACUCUUUCUGUGAAUAGUUUCCAUAAGUCUAGCACGCCCCUGCUAAAGCCCCAUCAAAAGACCCCUUCUGACACGUUACCAGUCAGAUGUGAGAAACUUGAACAAGCGAUAGUAACCUCAGUCACACAAGUCAUGCCUGUCUCACAGAGACAGCAAGAGACAGCUGGGAACCAGGAGGCCUCGUUUGACUACUACAAUGUAUCUGAUGAUGAUGACUCAGAGGAAGGAACCAACAAAAAUGCCGAGGAAGAGAAGAACAGGGAUGAUGUUGGCACAAUGCAGUGGCUCCUGGAGAGGGAAAAAGAGAGAGAUCUGCAAAGAAAGUUUGAGAAGAAUCUCACUCUUCUCACUCCAAAAGAAACAGAAAAUAGCAACAACCAGAGAGCCACCCACUCAGCCCGCCUGGACAGCAUGGACAGCAGCAGCAUUACUGUGGACAGCGGGUUCAACUCUCCACGUACUCGGGAGAGCCUGGCAUCCAACACUUCGAGCAUUGUUGAAAGCAACAGACGUCAGAACCCUGCUCUGAGCCCAGCACACGGCGGUGCAGGCCCAGCGUUCAGCUUCCGAGCCACCGCAGACCCGCCGACAAGCGAAGCUGAGAAACUGCAGAAACCAGCUAACUGCCUGCAAGCUUCUGUCACUAGUGUCUGAUAGUCAGCCUGCCUCAGAAUUUCUGUCUUAUCCCAUACAGCAAAGUUUACGACACUGGGACUGAUGUUUACAUCUUUGGAGAAAAAAAAAAAAGAAAAAAAGAAAAAAAAAAAAAGCAUCUCAACCACAGUUUUAGUGUUUACUUAAACUGUGCUGCUAUGUAGACUAGGGGCAACAAAUAAAUCUUUCUUUCGAGGUAUUGCUUUUCACAUUUGCGGCUCUGUAGCAACAGAAUAGCAGUAGGGAUAAUAUGUACACUUUUUGCUUCACUUAAUUGUAACUGAGCACAUAUAUGAAAGUCUAGACACUGUAAGUGUAAUCUGCAUUUUCAAUGUCCAUGCAGUUGCCAACUUCAUUUAAAAAAAAAAUGCCACAGAUGUGUGAUGCCCCUGGUCAGAAGCUAAACUCUGCUGCAGAGUUGGUUUCCUUCAAAAAUUGAGCCAGUGCUGACAGUGACCAGCCAGGAUCACCGCGAGGAAAAAUGAUGCCAAACGUGACGAGUGAUGACCUCGGCUCUGUCUGCGAAUUAUCGGUACCGAUCAGUCAUUUCCACUGUGCGUUUUGGUGACAAUUUUGCAAAUACCUGUUGAAGUGAAUAAGAAGAGGUUCUUUUUUUAGAUUGUGGAGGUUGGGGAGGGAGACGGCUUUCCCUUUUGUGUUUCAGAAGUAUGAGAGAUGCUCGUGUAUGAGAGAAGCUUGCUGCAUGACCUUCCGCGGUCACAAAUGGGGGUGGUAGGCCUUGCGUAGAAGGGGGAAUGGGGAGGGAAGGGGAAGUUAUAACUGUUGCAGAGCUGCGGUGCGAAGUGACACAAAAUAUAGGAAAUAUCUUCAGUUUACGUAAAGUGUUCUAAAAAGAUAAUCUGAUUUUCGUGUCACUUCUGGUAUUGCAUCUUGCCAUUAACGCAGGAACCAGAAAAAAAUCUGAUUUCUUUGAACAAAAAUAUUCUUUAUGAUAUAAAUGACAAGUAUGGCCUGAAGAACUGAUUUCUUUCUAGUGGAAGGACAUAAAUCUAUUUUAUGUAGCUUAUUAAAUAGAGUGCCUAAAUUAGGCUAUUAAAAAAUAGCAUACAGUGUAGUUAUUAUCAGAGAACAAAAUUUAGAGAAUUAUAAACUUCUGGCCUUUUUAUUCAGUGGAUGUUAUUUGCAAUUUAGCAUUUUAUGGACAUGUUUAGUUUCUAGAAAUUAAAUGUGUCCGUAUGGUGGGCAGUAGAAAACUGAAUUCUGUAAGUAUGGUUUAUCCUAAUUGCUCUCCCCGAAACUGUUACUCUGGAGUAAUUUGUGCCAUGCUAAUUACUGCAGAGUAACUUCUAGGGAUAGUUGAACUUCAAAAAUAAUUUUGAGGUGUAGGGUCACAUUCUGCUCUGUUCCUCAUACAACCUGGUAGUGCAACAAACUGACUUCAAAAUUAAUUCUGUCUUCGUUUUCUGUCAGAACAGACAAAUUGGUGGAAGAAUAACAAAGAUAUUAAAUCGUUCAGCAGUCCAAACUGUUGAAUAGAAGAGAGACAUUUCCACUGUCUAGCUCCUGUAGUACACAGGUAUUAAAACCAACUGUACAUACUAAGAACCAGUCUUUUCAUCAGGUUCUGGUGACAUGCAUUACUCUGUACGCAGAGUCAUUUGAGCUUCACUCGUGUUCUAUAUUCUCAUCAGAAGUCUUCACUGAAGGUUCAGCCUUAUGUUAUGCAGUUGGAUAUGAGUUCAUUUUCUUACCAGCCGGCUUUCUAACUGGAUGCGACCAGUUUCUAAUUCUGUAAGAACAUCUCCAGUAGCCAGUAAAUGCACAGGUCUGCUUUCCUUGGUUUCAGUGUACAAAUUCCAUUUCACAGGAGCAAUAAGACCUUUUGGUGCACAUGAAGGAAAUUAUUGUGCUUUUGGUUGGUUAUCAAAGUCACUUGGCCUUUAGCCUUCUGCCUUAUCAUACCUUCCAAGAUGUGCUCUAAUGACCAUAUAGCGCUUUGCAUGACGCAUCUUACUAUUCAAUAUGUAACUCCAGCCGUGCUUACUCCAUGCGAACUGUAGAGUCAGAGAUUUUGUGGGGAGCUGUCAUAUACUGUGCAGUAGCUGACUGUGAUUUUGUUUUCUGAGGCAAGCUCUGAUAUCAGUAGUAUGUAUCCAUUCAGUAAAUAAAAAUGUCAAAACUUAAAAAAAUAAUAAUAAUAAUUACAGCCGAUGAUCUGAAGUACAAAUGGCAGUAUUAGAAUGUGAGGAGCAAGAACAAAUUUUAUCUUCUGGAGAAGUGUUUGUCAUAAAGUAAUCAGAACUUAUGCAGGCAGCUGGUUGUACAGAAGACAUAGUUCCAACAAAAUAUGACAGUACAUACCUACAAACUGUAGUAUGUAGUUUCCUAAAGUUCCCAGAGACCAGCAGACAACAUAAAUGUCAUAUUAAUGUUGACGUGGCAUUGUACCAAUAUUAAUGUGACUCUUGGAAUAUGGAAUGUAAACAGAAGUUUCAAAUAGAAACGUUCUAAUCUUGAAUUGCUUUUUUUUUUUUUUUUUCUCCCUUUUUUUUUUUCCUGUCUUUUUUCUUUAAAAAUCAACAAUGGAAUAUAAGGAAAUUCCAUCUUGAGGUUCUGGUAACAAAACCACGAGAGUGGAGCUUGAGUGCUUUAUGUCACCCUAAUCCUUUGAUGAAAUCAUAGCCUUGUAUUACGUGGUUGCUUAUCUAUCAUUCUUCUAAUGUAUCGAUUUAAAGGUUUACAGAGUUAGAUUAGGUUGAAUCUGUGUUGUGUUCAACUGUAAAGGGUCAACACAAAUCUGUCGGCAUUUUGCACACUUGAUAUGUAUUAUUAUAAUACAACAUGUUACUUUUAUGGUAAUUUUUUUUACACAUAUAACUACCUCCAUGAAUUUGAUGAAAUGCAGCAACAUAAAAGCGUAUUGUUGUACAAAGCAAGGUUAAAAACUUUGAAGCAUUAGCUCAUGGCGUUCUCUUGUGUGUCAAUGCUUGCGUAUGAAGUCAUCGUGUUUCCAUUGCCACGAUUUCCUUUUACAAUAUUAAAAAUCUGUCUUUCAGAUGAGUCAUGUAAGACUUUGACAAGGCUGCAUAAUUUGGAUAACAGUGAAAAGGGAGGCUGAACCCUCCCAUCCUCUCCCCAGUUACUGCUACAAUUUCUGCCUGGUAGAACUUGAAAAUGUGUAUGUAACUGAGCAAAUUAGGAACAUCUACAGUCUGUGAAAUAUGAUUGAGGGUGUGGGGUUUUAGGGGAAGACGCUCCGGGUAUUUUCUUGGCAGCCUGCAAAUAUGCUGGGCCCUAUUCUGCCUCCUUUUGCCAACAGGUCAGGUCAUGGUUUCUCGGAACUGGCAAGAGUUAGAACAGCAAUAUGUGCUCUGGUUUCUGGAGCAUGUACGUCAGAACCACUCACUCUUGUAGAAAUGAGCAGCAGCUCUUAACUGACUUUGCUGGGAGCAGCAUUAGGGACCCUGCUUGAGGUAUGUGCCUGUUGUUCAAAGAACAUGGCCAAGUUCCCAAGAAAAAUGAAGCCGGCCUUGGAAGUAGCCAGUUGCAACAAGCCACCUUUCAGAAGGGAAAAAAGGUUUUCCAAAAACCAAAGGAAGAAAGUGGCGGCUGAACUUAAGCAGAUCAUAUUUAUAUACAAGCCCCGAUUUAUGAACACCUCUUUCAGCAAACCUAGUGCCAUUAUCGCAGUGCAGGUUAAUAUAUGGUCAUCAGCGGAGCUAAUUUAGCUGUUAAAAUAGUUCAGUUAAAAAUCGUAAGAGGUCAUCCAUUUGACUCUGCAUCAUUGUAAAACAUCCGUAAAACAAGCAGCGAUGCUCGCUUGACUUUAAAACAUAUCAGGAAAGAAAUAUUGUAAUGAAAACCACAGCCUAGUGCUUGCCAGAGCAGUCAUUCUUACAGCAGAGAAUGAGGAAGCCAAGGUCAUGCUUUGCACCCAGAUCAUGCCCUCUGGCCCUGGAGCCUUCCGUGUGGUUCAGCCAAGGCAGGCAGGUGGGUGGCACCAUCCCCAUCUUGUGUCAGGGCAUGCUGAAAAAAAAAAAAAAAAAAAAAAAAAAAAAAAAAAGACAAAGGCUGAAAUCUCUGGACAAAAUUAUUAACUGGUUUCCUUCUUUCUUUUCAAAAGUCAUUCCAGUAAAAUUUCUUAGUUAACCAAAGUGUUGAUAGUCUGAAGUUUUCACACGGUCGGUUUAAGAGAGGGGCUGCUGUGUGGUCCUGCGGGGACUCUCAGACGAGGAGUGCCAAACAGUUCCAAUCACACAAGUACUGCCAGCAGAGGGUCUAGGAACAGGAUUUUUAAUUAAAAAUGUGUUUUUCAAAUACAUUUCCCAGAGCUUUUCCUAAACACAGUUGUUCAAGUGGUGCUGAGGAAGCAAAUAGCACUCCUGAUCUGGUGUCACCCGCACAGUUUACAAUUCUCUUUGCUCUUCUGAAGAAAGCUGUACAGUAUUAAGAGAGAAAAGUUCUAUUUUUUACAUAAUUCUUUAAAAGAAAACAAAGUAUAUAUCUAAAGCGUUCCCCCCCAACAUAAGUAAAGUACAUGGAUACUGCAUCAGAGAGCUGCAUGGCACGCAGGACCCAACUAAAGCCAGGCUGGUGCUAGAAGAAUCCGGGACUCGCACUUCUUAUAGUGGCUCCGAGCAUUGGUUGCAGCCCCACGGUGUAAAUCUGGCAGUCACUCCCCACUUCCCCCCUCUCACAGAGAGCGGAAUUGCUUGCUAACUCCAUUGAAGCUCAGUUCUGAGCUGAGGAUUUCCAUGUUCCUUCCCCCAAGACAAUAAAGGAGCAGAAGGCCGCACGCACACACCUGGAGCUGGAAGAGAUCCCUGAUGGAGGGCAGCAGCCCUGUGCCCGGCUGUGGGGAGAGCUGGCAUAGGGGUUACCUUGGUGUGUGGAGAAGUGUGCUGAAAGGGAUGGUAAUUCUGCAGGUAACUUCCUGUGAGUGACUGAAUGUGGCUGUUGCAUUAGGUCUGAGUUAAUAAAUGCAAGUGGGACUUACUGUAUGCUAGAAGGGAGUUUUGCAGCCAAGACUGCCUUGUAUAAAUGUGUUUGCACUGAAGAAAAAAAAAAAAAAAAAAAAAAAAAAAUUAAAAAUUACUUGGUCUCUGGUUGCUGUAAAGGUCAUCCAAGAUGGAUGUUCUGUUUAUAUUGUAUAGUAUUUCAUAUGAAAUAAUUACGGUUCAUGAAAUGUCUUCCCUAACGUUACUGAUUUAUAACAGCACAUUUGUAACAUGGUUUUUAUUGUGUCAGUGUACCAUAUUGUAAAUGAUGAUAACUUGUCAUGCUUAGUAUAAUAAUUUAAAGGAAAAAAGGACAGGGAUUUUUGUAAGUCUAUAUUUGAAAGUCCCUCCAUAUGGUAAUAUUGUGUUCAUGUUGUUUAUGUAGUGUUGUGUGAAAUAUCCAUUUUGGAUUGUGUUACUUUUUAAGAUAUUAAAUAACAUUUGGUUAUAUG